GUGCCCAGAGAGGAGGAGAAGCUCACACUGGAGGUGAGGGUUGCUCGGCACAAGAACCCGGUAAAGUUUUGCGGAGUGUAGAAGCGGCGCCGGGCCCAGGAUGCUGGUGAAGGAGUACCGGAUCUGUAUGCCAUUAACAGUGGACGAGUACAGGAUUGGACAGCUGUAUAUGAUCAGCAAGCACAGCCAUGAACAAAGUUCGGAUGGAGAAGGGGUGGAAGUGAUCAUCAAUGAGCCUUAUGAAGACCCCAUCCAUGGCAAAGGGCAGUACACAGAGAAGAGAGUCUACCUGAACAGCAAACUGCCGACCUGGGUACGAGGAUUUGUGCCAAAGAUUUUCUACAUCACAGAAAAGGCCUGGAACUAUUAUCCUUACACAAUCACAGAAUACACAUGUUCUUUUCUGCCAAAAUUUCAAAUAAGAAUAGAAACAAAGUUUGAAAAUAAUAAUGGCUCCAAUGACCGGGUAUUUGGGGAAAAACCCACACCAGAGGAUGAUAUGUGCUACAUCGAUAUAGCUUCUGAUGAUUUGUCAGAGAGUUAUUACAAAAAAUCAGAAGAUCUUAGGACGUUCUGUUCAGUGAAGACUGGCCGAGGACCAUUACUGCAUGACUGGCAAGAGACCACACAGCCCAUAAUGUGCUCAUACAAAUUAGUAGCAGCCAAAUUUGAGGUCUAUGGGUUUCAGUCAAGAGUCGAAAGUUUCAUUCAUAAGAACAUCAAAGACAUAUUGCUUGCUGGACACAGACAAGCUGUUGCUUGGAUGGAUGAAUGGUAUGGCAUGUCUCUGGAAGAUGUGCGAAAGUUUGAGAAAAGACUUCAGGAAGAAACUAAUUGCAAAGUAAAUUGCCAGAAGAAGUCUUCAGAUCCAAACAGUGAACACUUGCUAAACACUGGUGUUGGAAGGCAUUCAAUCAACAGGUCAACCUCUUGGAAUAAUGGAACAGAGACAUCUCCAUAUGGAACUACCAAAGGGAAUGCAGACUCAAAACCACGACCAAGACUUCCCUCAGCUCCAGAAUAAUACAUAUAAGGUUACAUUUCUCAACAAAUCCGGGACCGGAUAUUUGGAAACAAGUCCAGAAAAUUCCUAUUACUAUGGUUUUCUGAAUAGUCCACAUGAGAUAUACUUGAUGGGAUGACAAGGUCAAAUAGAUUUUCAUUGUUUACCUUUUAGGUCUACAAGCUGCAGAAGAAAUGGAAAGGCUUAGGACUUGUACUUAUCCAUGAACAUUAGUGGUGCACAACAUGAGCUGGUGCAAUUUUUUUAAUUGAGAAUUAUAUCUGUUGGGAUAAUGGUUAGAAAUAUACAAUGUUAAUGCAUUGGGGUUUUAGGAGAAGUACAUUUUGUAACCUUAUUGAAAAGCAGAAGGAUUCACAAUGUAAACAAUGCCAAUGUGCCACCAGCCAGUAUAGAUGCAUAGAUCUGGUGGGACAUGAGGUGUAAAUAAGUUCAGGGGGCAUAUUACUGUAUGUUGUACUAUGGGAGGUAUGUCACUUAUUCAUUUGAAACUUUUAUUUUCU